AUGCAGGUGACAGCCCUCGCCGUCGAGCUCGAACGCGAAAAGGGCGGGCGCUUUAGCUACCUGAGACGGAGGCAAUUUUGGUUUAUUCUGGUUCUCUCACAGGCGCUGGCCGUCACGAUUACUGGCACGAAUACUUUGUCGACCCUGUUGUCUAUGCAGGGGACUUCGAUUCCCGCUUUCCAGACACUGUUCAACUACGUUCUGUUGAAUAUCAUCUACACUAGCUUGACAAUCUACAAGUAUGGAUUCAAGGGCUGGCUGAAGCUGAUGUACAAAGACGGCUGGAAAUUUUUCCUUCUUGCGUUUUGCGACGUCGAAGGAAAUUACUUCACUGUCUUGGCAUAUCGAUACACAACAAUUCUCUCUGCGCAGUUGAUCAACUUUUGGGCCAUUGCAGUAGUGGUCGCGAUAUCCUUAAUCUUCUUGAAGGUCCGAUAUCACGUCCUGCAGUACAUUGGUAUCCUGAUCUGCUGCGGUGGAUUGGGAAUGCUUGUUGCUUCGGAUCACAUCACUGGUUCCAACGGUGGGCCAGCGCUUGAUGCGGUCAAGGGCGACCUGUUCGCGCUGGUUGGUGCCACAUUCUAUGGUUUGUCCAAUGUCUUUGAAGAGUUCCUGGUCAGCAAGAGGCCUUUGUACGAGGUCAUCGGUCAGCUCGCGUGGUGGGCCAUGUUUAUCAACGGUGUCCAAGCGGCCAUCUUCGACCGAGCAGCUUUCCAAUCUGCAGUAUGGAACGCCAAGGUUGCUGGCUACUUGACUGGAUAUACAUUGCUCUUGACCUGGUUCUACACCGCUGUUCCUCUGGUGCUGCGUAUGGCCUCCGCCGCCUUCUUCAAUAUCGGUCUGCUCACUGGCAACUUCUGGGGCGUCAUCGUGGGCAUCAAAGUCUUUGGAUACCACGUCCAUUGGAUGUAUCCAAUCGCUUUCGUCCUCAUCAUGGUCGGCCACUUCGUAUACUACGGAACUGAAGGUGUCCUGGGCGAGGCGAAGAAGCCGUGGUUAGGCGAGAACCAGGAAGGUGGUAGCGAUGGCAUUGGUACGGCUCGUCGACAACUCGAGCAUCCUGGAGUGACGCUGUAA